GUGAAGGUUUUUAUUACAUCCCUGAGAAGAGAGGACUUGUUAUUCUGAGUGCCUGUAUUCUUACCAGUUUUGAGUGAACAGAUCUGAAAUGAGGACAGGUCAAGUACUGAGGAGCGGAGAGGUGGAAGGCUCGCUGUGUGGGCCUGCUGGCUCACCUGUUGCCAUUUCAUGGACAGUCUUUACUGCAGAAGUCAAAGGCUGCAUAUACAGCAUACAUUUGUUGUGACACAAUGUAUAUAAUUACAGAUAAGUAUUACAUCUAGCAGAUGAAUUAGGAUCAAAAGGUGCAUAGGAGAAGCAUUUUUUUAAUUCUAUGAACGCUUGAAAGGGCAGUGAUACCGCACGGCGCUGCUCGAACCCCCGGUGACAGCCGCGAGUGUGCUUGCGCUCCGGUAGCGAUUGGUAUUCCAUGCAGCAGCCGCCCACGCCUUGGUUGCCGCCCACGCUAGGAUUUGCGUCACGCUGAAGCGUGGGAGUGCGAGAGCGAUGUAGAAACAGCGGAAUAUCCCAGCUCAGGCAGAAGAGGUGGAGGGGGCAGCAGACAGCACCGGUGUCGGUCACGGCAACCUUAAUACACUCACUCACGCGCGCGCAAUUUACAGUGAGCAGAAGUCAAGGGAGAGAAGUGGAAGUGCGCGCGUCUGCAGUGGUUCGGUGGGAAGCGAGUAUUCGGACGGCGACUGCAACAUUCCGCUUGCGAAUUCUAACAGAUUUAUCCAAUCCCCACACACACACACACACACACACACACACACACACACACACACGCUCUCUCUCCCACCCUCUGUCUCUGGUGGUGUGUGUGCGAUGUCGGCAGCCUUGCUGAGGACCCUUGGGGAGCUGCAGCUCUACCGCAUUCUGCAGCGGGCAAACCUGCUGGCCUACUACGACGCCUUCAUCCAGCAGGGCGGCGACGACGUGCAGCAGCUGUGCGAGGCCGGCGAGGACGAGUUCCUGGAGAUCAUGGCGCUGGUGGGCAUGGCCAGCAAGCCGCUGCACGUGCGGCGCCUGCAGAAGGCACUGCGGGACUGGGUCACCAACCCGACGCUCUUCAACCAGCCGCUGGCAUCGCUGCCCGUCUGCAGCAUCCCCGUCUACAAGGUGCCCGAGGGCUCGCCCAGCCCGCUCCUGGGCAACAGUAACGGAGGCGGGGGUGGUGUGGGUCGGGAGACACAGACGCUCCGUGUGCCGAAAGCACUGUUGGGCAACGCCUGUCUGGAUGGCAGCAGAGAGGGCACCCCCGUGCCAGGCUCUCCCCUGCAGAGUGUCGGCGGGGAGAGCGGGCGUUUCUGGCUGGGCAGCCACGGCAACGACAGCGAGCCAAGCCUGUCUCCGUGCGAGGCGACGUCGCCCUGCUCCCCGCGCGACACCCUGGAGGCGCUGGACACGGCCGCCGUGCAGUCGGUGACGGAGUGCGUGGAGAGGCUCGCCCAGGAUCUGCCCCGGAGCGACCCCGCCGAGGUCAGGGAGCAGGUGAGGGGCAACAAGAAGCUGGCCAAGAUGAUCGGGCACAUCUUCGAGAUGAGCGACGACGACCAGCGCAAGGAGGAGGAGAUCCGCAAGUACAGCGCCAUCUACGGCCGCUUCGACUCCAAGAGGAGAGAUGGGAAGCACCUGACUCUGCAUGAGCUCACUGUGAACGAGGCCGCAGCUCAGUUGUGUAUGAAGGACUGCUCCCUUCUGACGAGGAGAGACGAGCUGUUUGGUUUGGCACGGCAGGUGUCCCGGGAGGUCACCUACAAAUACACCUACAGAACCUGCAAAUCCCGGUGUGGUGAUGAACCCUCUCCGAAAAGAAUCAAAUCUGAGGAGGGGUACUUUGACCUUCAGGAGGCUCUCCAGGCCAUCUACAUGCGACAGGAGACACUGCGGGAGCAGCUCGCCUGCGCCAAAACCAAAGGAGAAGAGGUGCUCAUCAGGAACCUCCAGAUGCAGCUGGAGCGUCUGUUGGGCAGGCAGAUGGAGAUCCUCCGUGACGCCGCGGCCCAGGACCGUCUCCAGGCUCUGGACUGGAAGAUUCCGGCUGCCGCGCUCAAACACCUCAGCGACCGCCAGCGCGCCAACGGCGUCUCCCCUGACAACUGCCGCGAGCAGCAAGGUGAUAGGCCCUUGAAUCUCCGUGUGUCCAAUCCAGCGGAGGGGGACAUUCCUCUUGGCAGGCAGCUAGCCAACGAGCUGAAGCGACAUCAUAAUCACAUCUCCCAGGAGACCAGGAAGCAGGGAGCAGAACAUGGACAUCGGAGGUUCAGUCUUUUGGACAAAACGGUUAUAAAGUCUGAGCCGGAGGACUCCAGAUAGUGUCUUCAACCCCAGCUAUUGUCACUUCACAGUCUUAGUUUCUGUCACACACUACGGUACCUUUUGUCCAAGUAAGCACAGGUCUAUUACAGCACUGCCUUAACAGCCAACAAUGCCUAAAAUAUAGAUUUAUUUUUUUCCUUUCUUUACUUUUAUUCUGAAUAUGUGUAUUUUUUUAGUUUUUCCCAAAGCGCCUAAAACCUUCAUUGAAACCUGAGAUAGACAGAGGGUGCAUGUUGUUGAUGGCAGUUGAGUUUGUGGGUGUCCGUUUGAACAUAUGUUUGUUUUUUUCUCUUUUGAUUGAUUUUCUAAUAUAUGUUAUUUAAGAAUGCUUCACCUUCAUAAAAAGGACGGCCAACGUUUGUUCUUGUGUAUGUACUGUAAACAAAACAGAUUUGGUUUUUGUUUGUUUGUUUGUUUUUUUUUGCUUUAUUUAAUUCCUUGAUGGACAAUUAGACCAAAAAUUAUUUUGUGUGUAAUGCAGUGGGUAAAACUGAAUGGCCUUCAGUAAAAGGGGGAAGUAGGGGGCAGGUAAUUAAAAACACAAUGAUGUCCUAUACCCCGCUUUUAUUUUGACAGCAGGGUGUGGGUUGAGUGUAUUGUCUCAAAGCUUCAAACAUUAGCUGUUCCUAUGGAAAAGGGUAUGGCCAGUGUCCUUAGAGUGUUUUCUGUGUGCGGAAAAAUACCAAAUACAGUAUUUUGUCACUGGGAAGUCAAGCUUUGUAGUUCAGGUAUUUGGCCCAUUGUACAGUAUUUUUAUGUCUAUCAACAUUGCUAGUCCUAGACCCUGUUGGUGUGUCAGGUAUUUGCUUGCACUCCUUUGCAAAAAUGUCCUUUUGUUAUUAGAUGUAGAUGUGCAAUGAUUGUGUCACUUACAAAUUCAUCCACACAUUUUCACUGUAGGAAAUCUCAAUAGACAAGUGAUUGAUAUUGUAUCAUUGUUCUAUAUCUAAGCUGUAUGUUAUUUGGAUGCUACCAUUUGUCUUGUGAAAUGAAACAGUUUUGCCUCCAGCCUAGAAGGUCCCAACCAGCUCCGCUCCGCACCCAAAAGUGCUUUCAGGAAUUUUGUAUUUUGCACUACCAGUUAGACUCUUCAUCAGAUCUCUCCAACUCUCUAAUAUUUCUGAAGUCAGAUGCAGUCAUUCAUCAAUGUUUAUGAACUUAAGAUCAAUGUUUAUGAACUUAAGAUAAACUCACCCUUCAAACAUUUCAUUGGUGUACCCCAUCCUCAUUUGUAAAGAAAAAAACUAAACAUUUUUUGCUAAGAAAUAUCAUUUUUCUCAAGAUAAAAGCAUCAUUGUGUUGUAAUUCUUAAAUAAAUAAUGCACAGUCAUGUUAAACAUGUCCUGAUGGUGGUAAGCUGGUCAAUCUCAAUGUAAAGUCCAUUACUGCUCCCCUUCCCUUACAGUAAUAAUGUGCUUAGUCACCAUCAGUGCACCAGUGAUAUAGAUGCCUUUAGUUCACACCAGUCCCUUACCCUCUGGUUAUUGAUCGUGUCUGUGUGUAGAUGUUUCAGUGCCACCCUCACAUCUCCAACUCGCCUGAGGCAGAAAUGUGAUGAUAGUUGCUAGCCUUCGAACUGUAGGCCAUACUGAACGUCAUUGUUGUUCGGUAUAAGUGACCGACUAGGGUAGGUUUGCAUAGUCGUGCACAUGUUUUUUUUUUUUUUGUAAACACUAAUAUAUUUUAUUUGUUUAACAGCACAUAGAUAUUAAAGUUUAUUUUUUGAGACCAUACAGUGGGUGUUGUUCUAUUCUUUAUAGUUUUAGAUAAUCACUCAUAGUUACACAUAUAAUUGCCCUUGUGAACUAGUCUCGAAUAAUAACUGUUGUUGUAUUGUAGCUGUGUUAGACAAUAGUGUUCCUGAUUGUAACCAUUAACAUUCCAAAUUGACAGAACCCAAGUUACACUUAAAUCUGAGAGAACCCAAGGCACACUGAGUUAUGAGAGAACCCAAGGCACACUGAGAUCUGAGAGAACCCAAGGAACACUGAGAUCUGAGAGAACCCAAGGAACACUGAGAUCUGAGAGAACCCAAGGAACACUGAGAUCUGAGAGAACCCAAGGAACACUGAGUUAUGAGAGAACCCAAGGCACACUGAGAUCUGAGAGAACCCAAGGCACACCUAUGCAGUCGAUUUGCAUGUGCAUCACACUCACACAUUCUGAAACUGGGUGAUGAGUCACUCUGACGCAGUUCACAGCCCUCACUCUCUUUAUCUCUCUCUCUGUCUGUGUCUCACUCACGCUCUAUCUUUCCCUUCCCCUCCCUCUCUCU